AGGUUAACGCGAGUGAAAAUGCGAGGGUUCGAUUCCAGGUUGGUUAUUGUGUGGUCGUCGGUCACUGUGAGAGAUAACGAGUGAAGGGAAGAUGGCGACCUUUCUACAUCUACGAGGAGCCAUGGCGCAGGGUAGAGUGUUGCGUCAGACCAGUAGCGUGUUCCGGCCGGGGCAGCAGCUUGCACAGAUGCACCGGUCAACACCUGUGAUGGUCCUCUCAACACCUGCUACCGGUACUCGCCUCGACUCCAUCCCACGUGAGAGUCCCGAGGUCACUUGGUUCCACCCAGGCGACUACAGAGUCGCGCCCAUGAUAGAAAACAACAAGCGAGGAGACAUGAUCAUUGGCCUCACCCUGGUCUUCAACUCUGACAAGCCAUUGGACCAGGAACUGGUUUAUGAAGCUCUUACACACUUGUACAACAAGACGAAGGCGCUGAGGACCUGCCUACGUCAGCAUGACAACCGCUGGUGGUACUGUCAUAUGCCUAAACCUGUUAUUGACCUUAAGGUUGUGGAAGCUGGAACAAAUGCAUAUAAGAAAACAGAAGAACUUGUGAAGACUCCCUUCAACUUGGCUGAUGGACCUUUGUGGAAGGUCCGGCUUGUCCCAAGCCCUGUAGACGCUCCCUGUCUCUGGCCGGAGGUGAAAGAGAAGUUUCCCUAUCAGAAUUCAUUGCUGCUUAGUUUACAUCACGCGUUGUUUGACGGUUUUGAUAUGGUGGUGCUCAUUACGAUGUUGCACAAGUUUCUUGAUGAUGUUAUGAGCGGAAAGCCAAUUGAUGAUAAGAAGAUUGGUCACCUUUUAGACCACAGUCAGACAUAUGAAACUACACAACGAGUAAAAGAGAAUCUUGAAAAUAAUCCACAGAAGUUGAAUUCCUUACUUAAUGACAGGAAGAGUAAAGAAUUCAAACCUCUCAUUAUGCAGGCAUUUGGAGCUCCUGAGCCGUCUUCCGUAAGAACAGAAUACUUCAAAGGUGCAAUACUAAACCUUUCCCUGCUUCAAAAUUUCCAUAAGAAGUGUCACUCUGAAGGCAUCACCCUGAACUCUGGGCUUGUGAGUGUAAUAAACACGGCCUUGGUAGAACUGGUGAGGGAGGGCGGGCUGGUGCAGGACGAGUAUACAGUCACCAGUCUUCACCCUACUGACCUCCGCCGCUACAUGACAACUGACGUCAAAACUCUCCCCAUGGGCUUCCAUGUGGCCCCAAUGUCUCAGACUAUGCCAACCCCAUACAAUGUAAGAGAUCAUUUUUGGAAGUACGCAAAACAAUUUGAUAUUGAAUUCAAGAAAAAUUUAGAGAAUAAAUUUGUAUUUGAAGAGUUGAUCUUGAACGGAAUGAUCAAACCUAAUGACAAAAAUUUAUUGCCUAUAAAAUAUGACUAUUUGUUUACAAAUAUAUAUUCGCCAAAAUAUCCAAAUAUGGGAGUAGGCAGACAUGUUCAACUUACAGAAAUGAGAAAUAUUGUCCCCAUUGACACUUCGACUGUUGGCUACGCAUGUGGCUUAGCCAGUCUUCGGGACAAGGUUCGAUACGAGCACUGGUAUUCAACACGUGCCAUGACCAGAGAAAUAGCACAAAGGCAAUUUGAAAAGUUAUUAUCAAUUUUCCGUGAAAUGGCCCAGUAAUAUCUUCACUUGGGAAUUGGAUGAUGGGCAACUGUGUUUACUGAACCAACAUACUACUUACAACCCUUCAAUUAAGUUGAAUUAAUAAUUAAGGGAACGAACGAAGGUGAAAUGAAUAAAUAGUGACGACACCGAUGAACAGGGGACGAGAAGAACGAGCGGAUGUAAAGUGAAUGAAAGAUGAAAUGAACAAACGAAAUGACAUAAAUGAACGAAGAUGAAGUGAAGGAACCUUCACUUCAUCUGGAGUGAAGGUUCAAUGGAGAUGACGUGAACAAACGGAGAUGAUGUGAACGAAUGGAGAUGAUGCAAAUGAAGAGAUAAAAUAAACAAUGAUGUGAAUUAGCAACUGAAGUGAAAGAAUGGAAAUUGAACAACCAAAUAUGUAAUGAACAGUGAUGAAUGUGAACAAAUGUAAAUAACAUGAUAGGAACAACAGAUGAACAAGGUGUCGCAGUAGCAGGGACCAUUUGAAGUGGUUAAGAUAUAAGGAAUAAAAGAUGCCUGACAAACCAUGUACUUGGAAUAGUGUUGAUAAUCACACAACUGUAAGCAACAAGUGUCGUUCAAACAAGUGCGAACCUCACACUUCACCCAAUAAAUGGUGACUAGAUGACAGACUGUAGAACUUAAUAUGCAAGUGAAUAUAGUUUUAAAACUUCCUUACAUAUAUAGCUUGGUGUAAUUUUUAAUUUUUGGGACAUUUCUAUAUUUUCUAGUAAGGAAUGAAAAUGACAGAACAUAAUGCCAACACAUACCACAUGGUAAUAAUUAGAUUGACUGGGGGCCAAAGAUGCCCCGACGAACCAAUAUGUUGUACAAAGUGACUCGUUCAACUUGUGAGCAAGUCCUUUGGGUUUCCUGUAAUCUCAUAAGUUGAUGAUAUGAAUAAUCUAUCUUUACAUAAAUGAUUUAUUCUCAACUAUUAGUUUUAAGGUUGAAUAUAUAUGAACCAUAAUAGUUAGAUAACGGAAUAGACAUUGAGUCGUAAUAUUGAAUCAAGUAAUUGCCAAAAGAAGGCAUCAAGCUGAGGCUAAUCAUACAUGGAAUCAGGGGAGGAAACGACCACUCUCAAUACAAAAACAAAUCCUGUGAGAUGGGAAUGUUGGAUAAAUUUAAAGGUAGUUAUUUAGUCCGAAUUGGUUUGUUUUUGUAUUGAGGCUGGUAUUUUCUCCCCCCGAUACCAUGCAUGACUAACUAUCCAGUGAGAUGGGAAUAUUAGAUGAACUUAUUAGCUAGUUUUUUCAUCUACACUGUGUAAUCUUUCAUAUAGAAUAGGGUAGCAGCACAUUGCUGUGUAUACCUAAGCUUAAUAAAAAAAUAUAUAAUCAAGCCGAGGAGGCAAUGUAACACCAGCAGUAUUGCUGGAUAUUCAAAGGCGCUAAAUAUCACUGUGGAUGCCAAUAUGAGAACAAAAGCACAUAAAGCGAGAGAUAUCAUAUGAAUCCGAUUCACCAAAGAUUCUAUUGAGGAACAAAUGACCUCGAGGGAGAUUUGGAAAGCAAGAUGUGCAAUCAUCCUGAAAAUUGGGACAUUCUACACAGAGAUGCACGACUGUAAAUCAAACAAUGCAGUUUGGACAAUAAGGAGCAGGAUUGACACAGGUGUAGGUUAGACAAAUGCUUGAGUUGUCUCAUUGGCUAAUAGAUCUUCUGAAGCUGCCUUUGUUAUGUUCUUGUUAUCUAUAAGAACAAUUUUAUAUAUAAGUUGUGUACUUAUACUUAAGAUAAUUGCAAUCUUCCCUUCAAUUUAUGAUCAUAUACUAACAAAGCUUUACUUAAAAUAUUAUAUUAAUGUUUGAAUUGUCCAUUAACUAAAUUUUUCCAAACUUAACCAGAAUAUUAUACUGCAUAAUAAUAUAAUCUUGUAUCAUGAUUAUCUAUAAUAAAAUUAUUCACAACA